CAACAACAACAACAACAACAACAACGCUACAGACGAGACGUGCCUAUCAUUCAUCCUUCCCAGCAUCACUCGCCCGUCAGUUCAUUCGUAAGCUCUUCUCCUGGUCAACAACAGUCAGUACACUCGUCUCCAAUCAUGCACUCGUAUCCAGCUAUUACGACGAUGGAGCCAUCACAGCAGCACCAGCAUCACCACAGCCAUCAUCCUUACGCCUCGCCUCGCUCUCAGGCUUCGUCGUCCAUUGCUUCUGUAGUGCCGUCUCCGCCGACAAGCUGUCCAUCCUCAUCAACCGCUAUUGCAAAUCUUCGUUAUGAGAUUAUAUUGGAAGCACCUACUGCCGCUGCACAAAAGGUGGAAGAGGCUCCGUUAACCUACCUCAACAAAGGCCAGUUUUACAAUGUCAAUCUCAAGGACACCGAGUUGCUUGACGGCAAUGUUACAAGCACGAUCAAGAUCACGUUCCAUGACGAGUCUCACCGCAAGGUCGCUAGUAACUACUGGAAGUUUUGGAUGAGCCAACAAAAACAUGGUCAAGCACGCGCCAUUGAUAUUGACACUGGACGAUGUAGCGGCAUUCAUAGCAUCGAAACUACCCACUUUGAUAGCAUCACUUUCCAAUGGAACGGUAAAGCUGGCGCGACCGUCAGUAUCCGCUUCAACUGCUUGUCCACUGACUUUUCUCGGAUCAAGGGCGUCAAGGGUAUUCCUUUACGACUUCACAUGGAAAGCCGCUUGACUAGCAACGAAUCAUCGCCUCCUGCAUCCGAAGGCUCCUAUUGUCGGAUCAAACUCUUCCGAGACAAGGUAAAUAAACAUAAGUGGGAAGGCCUCUCACUGGCAACAAUCAGCCAGCGAGCCCGCCCAAUAGCAUGAAGAAACGAAAAAGUGCUCAUCCAUAGCAAUGCAUCUAGGGAGCCGAACGCAAAAACAAAGACGAUGCUCGACAUAUUGAAAAGCAACUCGAAAAGCUACGCGGUAAAAACGGCGAAUCGCAUCCGUUGUGGCUCGCAUUUUCACAGACACAGCCGUACACGGUGUUUUGUGAAAUGGCGACAUCAUCGCCCACUGUUCACCUACAAACAACACCACUGCAGCAAGAUCUGGCCUUUGCUCGUCGACUGAGUGACAGCGGUAGCAGUACCCACACAGCCGGUCGACCACCGUCAUCCAAUUAUCCUUACCUGCCACCACCACCACCACCACCGCCGCCGCCUUUGAGUGCUGGUGGUAGCUUGAAUGGCAGUGCCACAGCAGGCUUGAAACGGC